GUGCAGCCGCGCAGGCGCAGUCUGGGUGGCCACCAUGGCGCUACCGAGCUCUCUGAAUAGGUAUCUGCUGCUCAUGGCGCAAGAGCACCUGGAGUUCCGCCUGCCGGAAAUAAAGUCUUUACUCUCACUUUUUGGAGGACAGUUCACAAGCAGUCAAGAAACAUAUGGGAAGUCUCCUUUUUGGAUUCUUAACAUUCCCUCUGAAGACAUUGCCAGAAAUGUAAUGAAACGGACAGUGUGUGCCAAGUCUAUAUUUGAACUAUGGGGUCAUGGAAAAUCUCCAGAGGAACUGUAUAAUUCUCUUAAAAGCUACCCAGUGGAAAAGAUGGCUCCAUUUCUACGUUCAGACUCUACAUAUAAAAUAAAGAUUCACACAUUCAAUAAAACAUUGACACAAGAAGAAAAAAUAAAACGAAUAGAUGCCCUUGAAUUUCUCCCAUUUGAAGGAAAAGUCAACUUAAAGAAGCCACAGCAUAUAUUUUCGAUUUUGGAAGAUUAUGGUUUGGAUCCAAACUGCAUCCCAGAGAACCCACUGAAUAUUUAUUUUGGUAGAUGGAUUGCAGAUGGACAGAGAGAGCUAAUUGAGUCAUACAGUGUCAAAAAGAGGCACUUUAUUGGAAAUACAAGCAUGGAUGCUGGUUUAUCAUUCAUCAUGGCCAACCAUGGAAAAGUGAAAAAAAAUGAUAUUGUCUUCGACCCAUUUGUUGGAACAGGUGGCCUCCUAAUAGCAUCUGCCCAUUUUGGUGCAUAUGUAUAUGGGACAGACAUCGACUACAACACAGUUCAUGGCUUGGGAAAGGCUAGUAGGAAAAACCAAAAAUGGAGAGGACCAGAUGAAAACAUAAGGGCAAAUCUUCGUCAGUAUGGUUUAGAGAAGUAUUACCUUGAUGUGUUAGUUUCAGAUGCAUCUAAACCUUCCUGGAGAAAAGACACGUAUUUUGAUGCAAUCAUCACUGAUCCUCCUUAUGGUAUCAGAGAGUCGACGAGAAGAACAGGUUCACAGAAGGAAGUACCAAAGGGAAUAGAAAAAUGUCCAGAAAGCCAUGUUCCUGUCUCCUUGAGUUAUCAUCUGAGUGAUAUGUUUUUUGACCUGUUAAACUUUGCAGCUGAGACGCUUGUAUUAGGUGGAAGACUUGUCUAUUGGUUGCCAGUGUACACACCAGAAUACACUGAGGAGAUGAUACCUUGGCACCCUUGCCUGAAACUCAUUAGCAAUUGCGAGCAGAAGCUUUCUAGUCACACAUCAAGGCGCUUGAUAACAAUGGAGAAGGUGAAAGAGUUUGAGGACCGGGACCAGUAUUCACAUCUGCUAAGUGAUCAAAUUUUGCCAUACCAAGGCCAUAAUUCCUUCCGUGAGAAGUAUUUCAGUGGUGUAACAAAAAGAAUUGCCAAGGAGGAAAAAUCUAGCCAGGAGUGACAAUUUAGAUUUUCACAACGAAGAAAGAAGAAGGAUUUUCUGAAAGACAAGAUGUUCUGGAUGUGGAAUUUUUUAUGUGUGAUACAGAAAAUAUGUUUGAAGGACUUUUUUUUUAUAUAUAUAUGUAUAAUAAAACAAGCUAGAAAGUAAAUCAAAAAGUUCUUUAAAAAUUAGUUUUGUUUUACAGAUUUUUGUUGUAUGUGGUCUUUUGAACUUUCUAUUUUAAAUUCCGAGUUUUGAGGCUGGGGAGGAAGUAUAGGGGUUAAGGUACAUGCCUUAUAUGUGACUGACACCAGUUUCAUCCCCAAGACCACAUGGUCCCCAAGCAUCAUUUGGUGAUCCCUGGAGGUGUCUGGGCAUUGUGUGAGUAGCCUGGUUAGUUCCCAGCAUCAUAGGCACAAAUAAGUCUGCUUCCUGGUGUCUGGACAUUUAAUUGCUGUUCCACAUCGCCAAAAAUAAACAGGAGGGACUCCCUGGGCCACCUGAGUACCGUUUCGGUGGCUCCUCUGACCCCCAAAUACCCAAAGCAACAACGUAACACGAAGUAUUUUGAAAAUUGACCCAAACCCUUGUAUUUUGGGUAAUUAAUUUACAAAGGUAACUAAUAUCGUUGUCUUCUUAAAAAUAUAUCUAUCCAUUAUAGGCAACUCAUAGUGAUUGAGAAUUUGUUCAUUAGGUUUGUAAAAUUUGGU